GCAGGAGCGGCGGGUCCGCGGGCUCGCCGGGUGGGCUCAGUUCCGCGCACGCAGGAGCGGGGCGCAGGGGGCGGGGAAGGGACCCGCCGCAGCCGCCGCCCGCCAGCCGCUCCCGGGGCUCUCGCUGGCCCUCCCUAGCCGCCCGCCCGCUCCAUGUCGCCCGGUUGCGGAAGUGUCGCCGGGAGAGGUGGCGGCGGCGGCAGCAGCAGGGAGCACGGGAGGCCGGGGUUCGCCCCCCUGCAGCACUGAGCUCCGGGAGCCGAGCGCUCCAGCGGCCCGGCUGGCUCCCCGUGCGCCCCGCGCCCUCCGCAGCCUGCAUGCCCCGCGCUGCGCCUCGGCCGGCCGCCGCCUCCUGCUCGCCCAGCGGCUGCCCGGCGCCGGAGUAAUAUGCUCACUCGGGUGAAAUCUGCCGUGGCCAAUUUCAUGGGCGGCAUCAUGGCUGGCAGCUCCGGAUCCGAGCACGGCGGCAGCGGCUGCGGUGGCUCGGACCUGCCCCUGCGCUUCCCGUACGGCCGGCCGGAGUUCCUCGGGCUGUCUCAGGAUGAGGUGGAGUGCAGCGCAGACCACAUCGCCCGCCCCAUCCUCAUUCUCAAGGAGACCCGGAGGCUGCCCUGGGCCACCGGCUAUGCAGAGGUUAUCAAUGCUGGGAAGAGCACGCACAAUGAGGACCAGGCCAGCUGUGAGGUGCUCACUGUGAAGAAGAAAGUUGGGACCGUGACUUCCACCCCAAACAGAAACUCCAAGAGAAGGUCGUCCCUUCCCAACGGGGAAGGGUUGCAGUUAAAGGAGAACUCUGAGUCCGAGGGCAUCUCCUGCCACUACUGGUCUCUGUUUGAUGGCCAUGCGGGCUCAGGGGCCGCCGUGGUGGCGUCGCGCCUGCUGCAGCACCACAUCACACAGCAGCUACAGGAAAUCGUGGAGAUCCUGAAGAACUCCGCCAUCCUUCCCCCAACCUGCCUAGGGGAGGAGCCCGAGAGCACGCCGGCCCACGGCAGGACCCUAACCCGCGCAGCCUCACUGCGUGGAGGCGUGGGGGCCCCCGGCUCCCCUAGCACACCGCCCACACGCUUCUUCACUGAAAAGAAGAUCCCGCACGAGUGUUUGGUCAUUGGGGCCCUGGAGAGCGCCUUCAAGGAAAUGGACCUCCAAAUAGAACGAGAGAGGAGUGCAUAUAACAUAUCUGGUGGCUGCACUGCCCUCAUUGUGCUUUGCCUUCUGGGGAAGCUGUACGUGGCCAAUGCUGGGGACAGCAGGGCCAUAAUCAUCAGAAAUGGAGAAAUCAUCCCCAUGUCGUCGGAAUUCACCCCUGAGACCGAGCGUCAGCGACUUCAGUACCUGGCAUUCAUGCAGCCUCACCUGCUGGGCAAUGAGUUCACACACUUGGAGUUCCCCAGGAGAGUGCAGAGGAAGGAGCUUGGGAAGAAGAUGCUGUACAGGGACUUUAAUAUGACAGGCUGGGCAUACAAAACCAUUGAGGAUGAUGACUUGAAGUUUCCUCUUAUAUAUGGAGAAGGCAAGAAGGCCCGGGUAAUGGCAACUAUUGGAGUGACCAGGGGACUUGGGGACCAUGACCUGAAGGUUCAUGACUCCAACAUCUACAUAAAACCAUUCCUGUCUUCAGCUCCAGAGGUUAGAGUCUACGAUCUCUCCAGAUACGAGCACGGAGCAGACGACGUUCUGAUCUUGGCCACGGACGGACUCUGGGAUGUCUUAUCCAAUGAAGAAGUAGCGGAAGCAGUCACUCAGUUUCUUCCCAACUGUGACCCGGAUGACCCUCACAGGUACACACUGGCGGCUCAGGACCUGGUGAUGCGCGCCCGAGGCGUCCUGAAGGACAGAGGAUGGCGGAUAUCAAAUGACCGACUGGGCUCGGGAGACGACAUUUCUGUAUACGUCAUCCCUUUAAUACAUGGAGACAAACUGUCAUGAAAGUGACCCAGGGGACUGGGAGGGCAGACAGAAAGGAAACUGGGAUGCCUCUAAGCAGGGCGGAACUGGGGAGUGCCUGGGCUGGAUUCCAGGUGACGCCAUUUCUUCCCAGCCCAGAUGGGGAAUUUGCUGCCAGAAGGCCUAUGGCUUUGCUUUCAAGGUGACCCUUAGGCUUCCAUCCCUCCUUUAAUACCCGGUCUGGACACUGAAUAAGAGCAAAGCACACAGUCUGCUACUGGGUGUUAUGUUUCUCUUAGCUUCUGUCGUAGGGCCCCUGGGUGGCUAUUGCCUGUUUGGGGCACAGGCAUAAAUUUAUUUAUUUUAUCUAGAAUAGCAGGGACAGCCUUUUCAGGUGGAACUGGCAGACGACUCCUCAGUCUUCUCAAGCCGCCGGCCUCCCUCCGGGUGAAGAGCCGCAUUGAAAAGUUGGGGACCAUGCCUCAGAAAGUGUGAGCACCUGUCUUCUCAUACGCUCCGGCUACUUCAGGGAUUCUGCCUUGUUCUGUCUCGUCCCUUCUCCGCCUCUCCCGUCUACCUCCGUUUCUCUAGAUCCUGUGUGGUAAUGAUGGGGUGAGGGAAAGGUUUUUGUUUUUGUUUCUUUUUUGACAUUCCUUGAAUCUUCCUCGUUUCUCUCCACUGGGACUUUCCAAUUCAUUGCUGGGCAGGUUCCAUAUCAGCCCAGUCUGAUCUGACUUGUCCCAUGUUCUGUGUCCCACACACACGUUCAGUUGUCCAGAGCAAUGCCCCAUGUGACAGAUUGUCUUUGUAUUAUACCUGAGUUCUGUUUUCUCACCAAAUCAAUCUUUGCUUUAAAGUGUGGGUCAUUCACUGGACCCACAGACCCUGUUCCUUUGAAGGUCCCUCUGUGCAUCUUGAGAUUCUGCUGUGUGAGAGGUUGGUUUUUCACUUCUGGACUGGGUGGGUACUCUCCCCUCUUCUGUGUCCCCCUUCUGUGUCCUGGAGACACAUGGGAAGCAGCAUCCAGUACAGCAGCUUGGGAGGGAAGAGUGUGGGAUUCAGGCUUCCUGGGUCUCUGACUGCUCUCCAGCCCCCUCCACAGGAAGUGUGAGCAUCACAGUUCCACCAAGCAGUCACGCCUGUCACCUUCGCUCAAGGGUACAUGGGAUGACACUCGAAUAAAAGCGAAUUUGAAUCGGGGCUAGUCAUGUUCUUGCUUCCCUCCCUGUCCCUCGAAGGAUUCAUGCUGUAGAAACCUAGGAGCCAAGACCCCUCCUCCCACUGUGAAUCCACCUCCACCUCUGCGUGUGCUUCACAAGUUUAGCAAGAGCGCACAUGUGGGGUAGAAUCUGCCUCCCACUCCUUGUUGGCAGGACAGCAAAGUUCAGCUUUAAGAAUUACCUGUCAUCUUGAGCAGAUUGCUGCUCUGCCCAGAGACCCUCAGGUCAACAUCUGAUUGCUUAGCCCCUGUUCUGAUAGUCUUCCAGGAUAUCAUCAACUUGGUGUGAUUCAGACACUCUUCCAACCCAAGAAAGAAAAAAAAAAAAACAGUGGUAUAAUUUGCCUAAAAUGCUUGAGAGGCAGUUCCAGCUCUUAUGUUUAAAAGAAUUCCUUCCCAGAGGAGACAGAGAAGCAAAUCCUCUGGGCUGGUAAGUCAUCCGCAUUCCUAGAAUUGUAGAUAUCUUCUUAGGAAAGGCCUGGUGCCUUCCUCCUCAGGAACAGUUGCCACACUGUGUAAAACCAGUACCCCACUCCAGCAGGUAACAUACUGUGUGUGUGUGUGUGUGUGUGUGUGUGCGCGCGUGUGUGUGCGUGUGCGUGUGCGCGCCAACUCGUUGCCUGAGAACUGUGGGCUGCUGCCAUGGCAGGAACAUCUUCAUCUGGUUGUGCAUCCCUCCUCCUUCAAGAAGUCUUUACCACCCCAGACAUCUCUGUGGGGAGUGGUUUGUGGCAACCACCUGCUUCUCUGUCAGAAUACGAUACUGUGGAAAACUGUCCAGGCAUGUUUCAGCACCGUGGUCCUCUUCCCACAUUCCCAGUUCUCAAAGCUGUGAGCCCAUGGGAAAACAAAAAAGUCUUGAAGUCUGGAGGAGCCAAGCCACCGUCUUUGGAAUCAUUCCCGCCUUCCCAAAGCCUUUCAUAUUUUCGCUUUUCUGAACUUCUCCCUGGGUCUCACCUUGACCUUCUCCAGUCCUAUUUGGGCGACCAGAGUCAGAAUUCGAGUAUAAAACCACCUCAUAGGUGUUGUGACAACAUUCUCCUAGUUCAUUGACUACCAAGGCACAUCUCAGGAAAACAAAACAAAACCUGGAAAACCUGCACUCACAUUAUCCUAAAGCCUAGGGUCAUGCUGAUUUUAGUUAAAAAUUCUCUUCAAAGACCCUGUGGGUGGGAGGAUUUUAGUCUUAAGCUAAAGCCCUGUUUGUGUUGCGGGGAGGGAAGAAGACUAGAAUGAGGGGAAUAAAUCAGAAGUGGGGAACAAGACUUGUCUGCUCAUGGCAGACCUAUCCAGCACUGAUAUUGCUCUGUGCAUUGCGCUAGCUCUGUUUGGGUCUCAUUGUUCGCCCGGGCUCCAAGUCACCCUGUUCCCAAACAGUAACAGUCUAUGUAACAGGUUGGCCCUUGGAGCAUUCCUGGAAAGGUCAAAAGACAACACACUCAGCAGAAUUCUGCAAAAUGUAUUUCUGUGUUUAGAAACCAUGUAUGACUGACUUAUAGCCAGACCUGCUUGCCCUAACGGCCUCAGAGGAGGCCUUGUGUAAUGAAAAGCAUUUGAUUUCCUAGUCAAGUCUUUAUGGGUGUCUUGGGGGUUGUGUGGCUACUUCCUUUAAUGAAAGGCUCUUUCAACCCUAAAUCUCUUUGCUCAGCGGCCUCUGCUCUUCGUCUUGCGGUGCCUCCCUAAAGAGUGUGAACUCCGAAGCAUUUUUACUAGGUGGCAACUAAAGCUUUGUUCUUCUAACACCAAAUGUCAGCAGCCAAAGAUGUGCAAGGGGCCUGCUGGGACUAUGUAUACUCAGUGGUCGUCCUUGUGGCAGAAAGGGAGUGGGGGACAAUCGGGCUGGGCCAAAUAUGCAGCUGUCUAACUGGAACAAGCCGGAGAAGCCAGUGUCUCAGUUAUUUUCCACAGUAUUCAAUCCUGGAGAAUUUGGAGGGUUGGAUUUUUUAAAUUCCUAGCAGCUUACCUCCAUGGGGCUGUGUGGAGCCAGCUGUGUCUUCCCACCACACUUCCCUGAAAGUCCCUUUCUUGAGGGGAAUUCUACCCACAGAUGGAUACUGAUGAGCAAAAAUGAGUCUUCAGAACAAAAUUUCACUCCAAACCUUGGCGGUUUGGCCGGGGACUUUAGUUUCCCAAGGCCACUAGUUUAGAGUCCCUUUGGGAAGGUUUCCGUUUUUAAAAUGCUAGCCGUGUUUCUGCUCUCCCCUCCCUUGCCCCCUUCAUCCGCCCGUCUGCUGUAUUUGCAAGGGAGCAAAUGGCAGAUGUUGUUGUGUGCACUGAUUUGAAGGUGUCGCCCGUCCUUAAGUGAGCCAGGAUCUCUGAUGUUUUCAGAGUGUGUAUCUUGUGUGGUGAUGAGAUUCUAAUUUCAGUGAGUUGGUGCUUCUGGGCCAGCUGGAGAAGAAAGCAAUGAAAUUGUCUAUGCAAGGAACAAACAGACUGACCCUAAAGCCUACGGAUCUAGUAGUAGAGCAGCCUUUAGCCACAGGACAGAAUUUUGUGUUUGGAGCUCAUAACUGUGAGGGCCUGGAGACCGCAGCCCCCCUCGCUGAGCAAACUUUGGGUGCUAUGUGGCAAUGCGGCCAGUGUGUACGCUGGAGCUUUCAGAGGACACUGCAUGAGCAGCCCGGCUUGCUCGCCUCUUCCCGGAGCCCCAUGGCCCUUGUCAGAUGUGAACGCCAUUGGGGGAGUACUGCUCUUUCUAAUUCACGAUGUUAUCUGUGUAAAUAGCUUUCAGUUUUCCUUCCUGUGUCUUAGGUGAAGUUGUGUUCACGUAGCAAUCAAGUAGGCAGUGACCAAAUAAGGCUGUAAAAUGUCUUGUUUUCAACUGGGAUAUGCUGGGGAUGGAGAGCCUUUGUCCUCCUCUGCCCAUCUCUCACUAGAUGAGUAUUUUGUGUGUGUUUAUGGGGUCACAAAGUUACUCCUUCAUUCCCAUUUUGCUUCUUAAUAUUCUUUAUUUCUUUGGAAACUUGUAAGAAUAUGUGUGUCAUGGUCUGGGUUUCCAAACCUACUCCAGGUCCAAUGAGUUGAGAGGAAUCUGCCUGAAAACGGUUUCGGAACCAUGCGCCCUUCUCCUUUGUGAUCGUGAAGCAUUCAUUGCCUUUUGUAAACCCCAAGUGAGAAAUGUUUAAGGGGAUCUAUUUUGUGCGUUUUGAAACCUAGGUGCAAUGUCCCCUGGAAAAAGCCCAAGAACUGUAUAUGCUCAAUGACAUUUUAAAUAAAAUACUAUAUAUGUAUAUAUAAAUAUGUAUAUAGGAUAUCUUUA